AUGACCGCUAUAGUCGACAGACUUUCACUUAAGGCUUCACGGACUGUGACUCACCAAGUAUAUGUAGCUUUGCUGUCGGUGAAUGGUGCGGUCGUCAUCCCUGCGUAUCUUGUCGUCAUCCUCCAUCUCAUACGUGGGAUGACACGUCACCACACCCUCUCGGAUGCUGAGUCUGAAGCCAGUACUCACGUUGAAAUGAACAUUCUUCGUAUGAAUUCCAAUGGCACGGCUGCAUGCGAACGUGCCUCAAAGCUGAAUGGCGGUCUGAAAAUCGAUCAUCCACCCGCUUAG